AUGCAGCCGAACUGUGUCAUUUCUAAUAUCAAAGUUCUGAGAACUGCAGUUGACCUUAUGCUUGAUGUUGUUGGUCGCAUGGUUCCUCAGCUCCGACCAGAGUAUCACCCAGUCCUCGCAGAGAGCCACCUACAGGCACUUAGUCGUCGUCUUCGUGCUCUGGAACUUCUUCUUCGGACCGAUAUGGGGACGUGUGGCAAGUCACCCAAGAUGCUUUGCGGGUGCAUGGUUGCCAUAAAGCGCCCCAACAACAAGGACAAGUUGUGGACACGUCACUUGACCAUCAGAAGAGACGCAAAAGGACGCUCUGAGGACCGAGGACUCAAAUUUCGAGAUUUGGCUGGUCUUCUCCGCCCUGAGGACUUUCUCUCGCAUGUCUACAAUGAAUUCGAAACUCAACUAAGCCCAGCAAGUCCUGGAGCAGCAGACUGCGGAAUUCUCCACACUGCUAUUGCGCUCAUGGAUGAUGAUAUCAAGAGGUUUAUCCCCAAGAAGGACUACAACACUGCUGAUGAGCUUAAAACAGAGUGGAUUUAUGUCCUUUGCCAUGAGAACUUUCGCUCCUCUAUCGUCCUUGAAGUCAUGGGUAUCGUCAGUGAUGCAAUGGCCUUUAGCGAGAAAGAUAGGGCUCAAAUACAUCGGGAGGAAUGUGACCUCUGGGCUCCCGAAACGGUUCCUGAACCACUCACCGGGACUGCGCGCUUCAGAAAACUGACAACGUUUCGGCCUGAUCCGAACCGGGGAGUGAGUCCUCUGCAUCCUUCAUAUUGGAAACGGGACUCGAAGAGCUCGGAGGAUUCAUCUAUGAGUCGGGGCCGUAAAGGUUGA